UGUCACUUGCCAAUCGUGCGAACUUGUUCAUCUGAGGUUAAGAUUGGGCUAGCUGUUUAUUUUCCCAUUUUACUGAAGGAUUUAACGCAGUGAAUAUGUCGGAAACCAGCUCCAAGGAUGCCGUCCUAAAAACAGCGAUGGUGUACGUUUGUGGAGAAUGUCACCAUGAAAACGAAAUGCGUCCUCGCGAUCCCAUACGUUGCAGAGAAUGUGGAUACCGGAUUAUGUACAAGAAGCGAACCAAGCGAUUGGUGGUGUUCGACGCCAGGUGAAUUCAACAUGGAAAGGAUUUGGACGAUUUGGCUUGCAGUGGUGACCAUCCUUUGAAUCUUUUUAGUUUUAAAUAAGUUUAAUAAAUCUGUAUGUUUGGGAAAAUACAUAGGUUACUUUGAAAUCUA